ACUAUACACAAAACAGAGGGUGAGAUCCCCACCGGAGAGGCAAACUUCCGUCAACCCUCUCCUCUCUCCUUCACGAGAAUUCAAUCACACAAUUAAUACUCAAACGGCAAAAAGACGUAUACAUACAAACACGUAUACGUAUCUCCACUCCUUCGGAUAUUUCAGAUCUAAACCCCCUCCUCAUCUCUUCAGAUCUCCGUCCUUUUCAUUUGGCACCUCACCAGAAAUCGCCACCUAAUUUCUCAACUGUUGUAACUUUAUAUUACUUUCUUGUUUUAUUACUUAUAUACUUUAGUUUAAGUGUUGUUAAUCCAGCAGGGAGUGACAUCCAGUUUUGGAUGGUGAGAUGAGGGAUGUUAUCAAGAUUGAUAAAUUUUUUAAAAGCCUGCUGGCGACCGGCCGAUGGGUUUGAUUCGGCCGGCCGCCAGGAGGCCCUUCUAUGGUUUAAGGAUAUUGGUCAUCACAUUAAUGGUGAGUACUCAAUGGCUGUGGUCCAAGCCAACAUGUUGCUUGAGGAUCAAAGUCAAAUUGAGUCGGGCUCCUUGAGCUUUCUUGAUUCGGGUCCGUUUGGAACGUUUGUUGGUGUUUAUGAUGGUCAUGGUGGCCCCGAGACUUCGCGUUAUGUCAAUGACAAUCUUUUUCACAAUCUCAAAAGGCUUGUGUCCGAACAACAUUCGAUGUCAGCGGAUGUGAUAAGAAAAGCGUUUCAGGCAACCGAAGAGGGGUUUUUAUCGAUUGUUGCUAAGCAGUGGACGGUGAAGCCACAAUUGGCGGCUGUUGGAACAUGUUGCUUAGUUGGCGUGAUAUGUCAUGGGACCCUUUACAUUGCUAACGCUGGUGAUUCGCGUGCGGUUUUGGGAAGAGGUGUGAAGGCAGCGGGUGAGGUUAUUGCCAUACAGUUGUCUGUGGAACAUAAUGCGAGCAUAGAGUCGAUCAGGCAGGAGCUUCACACGUUGCAUCCUGAUGAUCCUCAUAUUGUGGUUUUAAAGCAUAAUGUAUGGCGCGUGAAGGGCCUCAUACAGAUAUCAAGAUCUAUAGGUGAUGUGUACCUGAAGAAGGCAGAGUUUAACAGGGAGCCAUUGUAUGCCAAGUUUCGUCUUCGUGAUCCCAUCCGACGGCCGAUAUUGAGCUCAGAUCCGUCCAUAUCUGCUCAUGAAAUCCAACCACACGAUCAAUUUCUGAUAUUUGCAUCCGACGGUUUGUGGGAGCACCUUAGCAAUCAGGAGGCAGUUGAUAUAGUCCAAAGUAACCCUCAUAAUGGAAGUGCUAAGAGGCUGGUGAAAGCCGCCUUACAGGAGGCAGCAAAGAAGCGGGAAAUGAGGUACUCGGAUUUAAAGAAAAUCGAGAGGGGAGUAAGACGGCAUUUCCACGAUGACAUUACAGUUGUAGUCGUGUUUCUGGACUCGAAUCUUGUCAGCAAAGCGAGCAUAAAGGGCCCCACGGUGUCAAUGAGAGGUGGUGGCAUAAAUCUCUCAGCAAAAACACUUGCGCCGCUAGCGGCCACCACCACCUGAGUUUUCCGGAAACUCUCAAGGUUGAGGGUGAAAGGGAUUUUGGACAAGUAAAGCUUAUAUUCAUUUAGAAUAACAAAUAGGGUUAUGAAUCUUCUUCAUUAUUUAACACUCCUGUUUACAAAGAUUUGGAAUCAGUUGAUAAAUGUUAUAAAACCAGUUCAAAAAAUAA